AUGUCGAUCAAGUCCAUGGAAAUGCCACUUGCUACGACGCUGUUUGUUAUCGUGCUCGUUGUUUAUUCGACCAUGGAAAUGGCGACGGCAGAUCUGCCACCAGAGGAUGCCCUACACACUUCCCAAGCAUCGGAUACAUUGCGUGUGGAUCGGACACCUCAUGCCUUGAGACGGUACUUGAGAUCGACCACGGACGUGACGACAACUAGCACUGACGAAGUGAGACGACUAGUUCUUGAUAUUUCGGGACUUAAGGAACUUGAAAGCUCUCUGGAGAAGCAGACGGUAGCCUUCCCGGCUAGACUACGUCAAAGUGUUUCAACGAUCUACUCCAAGAUCAUGACAAGAAUUCGAGCGCAAUGGUGGCUCUGGGCUACCAAACAAAGAGAUUUCGACGAGGUUUUCAAGUCUCUGCAGCUCGACAAACCGAAAAUGAACCCAUUUGUAGACCCAAAUUUUCCCGUGUGGAAAUAUAUCGUCGAGAAAACCACGCCCAAGAAAGACGUGCCUGAAGUGAUGCUCAACACUAUGGUUAAGGUAUUGGGAGAUGUAGGUAAUCUGGAAAAGUUCCUCGCUCAAGCAAAAAGUUCAGUCAAAUUUGGGGACAAGGUUGAUAGUCUUUACAACUAUCAGAUCGAGAAGUGGGUUCAAAAUGGAGACACGCCAGAAGACGUUUUUAAUCAUCUGAAACUUGACGAGGAAAAGAAUCUUAAAGAACUGCCCAGCCUCCCAGAAUUCAGCAUGUGGGCUGCAUUUAAUACCCAAAAAGAGUCGACGAAUAAGGCCUUCGAAUUCCUGAAGGGAUUACAUGGCGACAGAAUUAUUGAUCUUGAUCUGAUGAGGGCUCUUGCUGAAAUCGGCAAAACCGAUGCCAACUUUAAAUUCGCUCAAGACCUGCUAUUAUCCCAGCUCCAGUAUUUGAAGAAGAAUUCAAUAUACUGGGAGUCAUCCUUCAAGCUUUUCAAGCUUCAAGGAAAAGAAACGUCGAAACCAACCGAUUUGACUAUGGAUCCGCUUGGAAGGCUUUGGGUCGAUUUCGUGUACAUGAGAGCACGGGGCAAAGAUGGCCUUACCAAUUUCGGUGUAGUCUAUGAUAAACUCUUCAAGAAGGUUGGCAAUGUAGCCGCCGUAGCGGGAAUGGAAAAGGUGCACAAGGACGGCUUUUUUCUGAAAUCGCUGAAGGAGAAUCAUAUGAAGAAACAAGAAGAUGUGGCCGAGGAGAUGUACAAACCUAUGCUUAAUGCAUUGAAAGGUGAGGGUAAUCUGGCCAAGUUCCUAGCUCAAGCAAAAAGUUCACCCAAGUUUGGGUACAUAGUUGAAGGUGUUUACAACUAUCAAAUUGAGAAGUGGGUUGAACUUGGAGACACGCCGGAAAAAGCUUUCAGACUUCUGGGACUCAACACAUUGGAGAAGCUCGAAGAACUGCCCACCCUUCCAGAAUUCAGCAUGUGGGCUGCAUUCAAUGCCCAAAAAGAGUCGACGAAUAAGGCCUUCGAAUUCCUGAAGGGAUUACAUGGCGACAGAAUUAUUGAUCUUGAUCUGAUGAGGGCUCUUGCUGAAAUCGGCAAAGCCGAUGCCAACUUUAAAUUCGCUCAAGACCUGCUAUUAUCCCAGCUCCAAUAUUUGAAGAAGAAUCCAAAAUUCUGGGAGUCAUCCUUCAAGCUUUUCAAGCUUCAAGGAAAGGAAACGUCGAAACCAACCGAUUUGACUAUGGAUCCGCUUGGAAGGCUUUGGGUCGAUUUCGUGUACAUGAGAGCAAAGGACUUCGAUGAUGUCUAUAAUGAACUCUUCGCUGAGGUCGGCCGUGUCGCAGCCUUAAAAGUGAUGAAAAAGGUGCACAAGGACGGCUAUCUCCUGAAUUCGCUGGAUGAGACGAAACCUAUGAAGGGAAACAAGAAGUUUGCUAUGUUUAUUAAGAAUCCUGAAAAAUACGUGGCGAAGAGAUCCAAGUAUACAUCUGGAUGA